UUUAUUGCCAUUGCAUCCCUAAACUGAGUCCAUUCAUUUGAAAGAUGAACCUGUUACACCCCGAUCUUUGGGUUCAGGUUCGACCAUAAUACGUAAACGGUUGGAUUAACGGUUACGUACUAAGGAUUGCAACCGCGGAUUAGGAAUAAUAAUAAUAAUAAUUAUUAUUAUUAUUUAAAAAAAGGAAAUUGGCGUGGAGGGCGCUCGGCCCUCAGUGUAUUUUCCCUAUCACCCGUCCCCAUUCACUAAAUGGGAAAACCCUAAAUUAAAUCAAAAGCUACCACCGCCUCCCAAAAUCCCUAGCGAGAAGAAGCAAAAAACCACCGGGUCGCCAUCAUUCGCCGCGGUGCUUUCCUCUGUCGAACUAGGGGCCGGAAAGGAAGGAUGGCUGGUGGACAAUCCCAACCUUCUCUGCUCACUUGACAAGCGAUCAAUUGCCCUCGCCAACAAGUUUCUCGUCGUGAAUCGUGAUUACAGGAUGGGAUGGCGGCCAUGGUUUCAAGAUCCGCCCGGAUUUGUUCCCGAUCGAGUCGGAGCACAUCACUGCAAUGGAGUGGCUGGUUUUUGAUGAGGUUCGAGCCAUUGCAGUGGGAACCUUUAGUGGAUGACGUUUCAAGAUGGGAAUUCCCGGUUUUGGGAUGACGUUUCAAGAAAGAGAGACCAAGAGGACUAAGGGAGCUCUCGCAAAGCUUUACCUUAUCAAUUAUGGAGCGUUAAUAAGCAUGAUUGUGUAUUGAUGCUGCCAUGGUGUACGUGAGCAAGAUGGUGAAGGAUGGGAUUGAAGGUGUCAGGGGAGCUUGUAUCUCUAAUCCAAUGGGUAUAAAGGGGAAGGUGAAAGCACAAGAUGGAAAUCGAGGUUUUAGAGUGCACAAGGUUCAUGAUGACGAUGCUCGGCGUUGCAAGUGCAGUGGUUUACAUAAGUCAAUAUUGAUUCAAGUCAAUCAACUUGAAGUCAAGUUUGAAGAGCUAGAGGAGGAGCUAGAUGAGCAUUUAGUGAGCAGCGAGUUCGAGGGCAGCCAGCUAGAGGAGAGCAGUAUAAGCGUCACGGAGGGUGCCUAGUUAAGAUUUUCAGUAGCAGCAACGACAGAGACUACCUAGUUGUUUGCAUUUUAUGAUUAUGAGUAUAGAGUGGAGAUCAGAAUGAGAAUUUAAAGUUUGGGUUAAAUUUGCCCACAUGUUAGGGCUUUGCUAGUAAAAGUGUGUGUUUUCAGUAUUUUAUUUAUAAAAAUUUUUCCCGUUGAAAUUUAAGAUUUGAGUAUUUUGUUUUUCAAGGGCAUUUUAGUAAAAGUAGUACCCUGCCGGGUUAGAGUGUUACAGAACCACUGUUAUAAAGUCCUUACUAUGCU